GACUUAAAGUUAUAGAAGAUACAAAUCAAUCAAAGAUUUCGAAAGUCUUGGAUACCAAUUUAUUCAGAGAACUCCAAGGAAUCGCGGAAAGACAGAAAAUUGAAACAUGGGAAUCGUAAAUAGUAAGGAUUUCAUAUCUAGGAGAAAAGUGGAUGAAGCAACAAGCAAUUCCAGUUUAUCAAAUCUGCGUUACGUCAUAACUGAAAAGCCAAAAUGGAAAGUAUUCAAAAAGAAAGAGGUGGUACCUAUACCACAAUAUCGCCCAGUGAAAGGGUGUCCAUGUGGAAACGACGGCCCCUGCAAACAGAAAGUGACCCCUAAAGGUGUCACAAUACAUUAUCCGCAGAAAAAGAGAAAAUUCGGCAGUUUUGUACCAGAUCGACGGUAUAAGCCGCCUAAAGUCCAAAAGAGUUACCUCAGCAGUCCAAGGACAACAGUGAACAAAGUAAAAGUGGUUCGACCUAAAAAAUUCCCGACAUGGAGACUGGACAAGAUAUCAAUUAAUAAUUCACCUUUUAGCAGGACAUCCACUUCAGCAACAGCGCCGGGCGACAAUGCCGACCCAAAAAUGUGUGAUGGCGUAAGAGUGUCGACGCAUGUCACGACCCCGACCAAAGGCCGACCCGAUACGCAAGGCAACAAUGACAUUCCGUCAGGUCUCUCCAUAUCGCUGCGUACCAAACCAAAACUGCAGCAAAACCUCGCAGCCACGUAGCGAGCCAGAGAAGUGACGUUUUACAAUAUUUAUGUAAAGUUAUUUAUUACAAUA